GAGGAGCAAGGGGGCGCUAGGAGAGGGAACUGGCUUGCGACGGUCCGGCGUGAAAGAGCUGGGGUGCGGGGAAGUUGGGGCGCAGCACCCCUAGGUGUCCGGAUACAGCAGGGCCACACCUGCUAGGUCCGUUAGGAAAGGAGGGAGCGGAGGAGGAAGGCAGUUGUCGGGCGGAUCCCCGGACGGAGGGCUAAGGCGGUGUUGGAAGGCGCUGCUCCCCGGAUGGCGACCGCGGACACUUCGGCCCCGGCCUCCAGUGGCCUGUCGCCGAAGGAAGAAGGGGAGCUCGAGGAUGGGGAGAUCAGUGACGACGAUAAUAACAGCCAGAUCCGGAGCCGGAGCAGCAGCAGCAGCAGCGGCGGCGGCGGCGGCGGGCUGUUGCCGUACCCGCGCCGGAGGCCUCUGCACCCGGCCCGGGGCGGCGGAUCCGGCGGCGGCGGCGGCUCCUCGUCCUCGUCCUCGUCCUCCCAGCAGCCGCUGAGGAAUUUCUCGCGCUCGCGGCACGCGUCGGAGCGGGGCCACCUCAGGGGACACAGCAGCUACCGACCCAAAGAGCCUUUCCGGUCUCAUCCGCCCUCGGUGCGGAUGCCUUCGAGCUCCCUGUCCGAAAGCAGCCCCCGGCCGUCUUUCUGGGAGCGGAGCCACAUUGCCUUGGACCGUUUCCGCUUUCGAGGCAGACCGUACAGGGGUGGGAGCCGCUGGAGUCGGGGUCGAGGAGUGGGUGAGCGAGGAGGCAAGCCGGGGUGCAGACCUCUGGGGGGAGGAGUGGGACCCGGAUUCAGCAGCAGCCAGAGCUGGCGAGAGCCCUCUCCGCCUCGGAAGAGCUCCAAAAGUUUUGGAAGAUCUCCAUCAAGAAAACAGAAUUAUUCAUCAAAAAGUGAAAACUGUGGGGAAGAAACUUUUGAAGAUUUACUUUUGAAAUAUAAGCAAAUACAGUUGGAGCUAGAAUGUAUCAAUAAGGAUGAAAAAUUAGCUUUGAGUAGCAAAGAAGAAAAUGCACAGGAAGACUCUAGUAAAACGAACUCUGAGGACCAAACCAGCACUGAUAAUGUCAGUAUUACAAAAGACUCAAGUAAAGAAGUAGCUCCUGAAGAGAAAACACAGGUUAAAACUUUUCAGGCAUUUGAAUUAAAACCACUCAGGCAAAAAUUGACUUUACCAGGGGAUAAGAACAGAUUGAAGAAAGGUAAAGAUGGUACGAAACAGCUUUCCCUGAAAUCCGAGGCCACUGAAUCUAGUCAAGGAUUAGAAGAUGAACAAAAUUUAAGAAGAAUUAGUACCUCAGAUAUUCUGUCUGAAAAGAAAGUUGGAGAAGAUGAAGAGGAGCUCUCGGAAUUACAGCUUCGACUUUUGGCUCUUCAGUCAGCCAGUAAAAAAUGGCAACAGAAAGAACAGCAAGUGAUGAAAGAAAGCAAAGAAAAGUUGACUAAGACAAAAACUGCCCAGCAGAAAGUUAAAACCAGUACAAAAACACAUUCAGCCAAAAAAAUUAGCACUACAGCUAAACAAGCAUUGAGGAAGCAGCAAACAAAGGCAUGGAAGAAACUACAGCAACAAAAGGAGCAGGAAAGACAGAAAGAAGAGGACCAACGGAAACAAGCUGAAGAAGAAGAGAGAAGAAAAAGGGAAGAAGAAAUCAGAAAAAUUCGAGAUCUCUCAAAUCAAGAAGAGCAAUACAAUAGAUUCAUGAAAUUGGUUGGUGGAAAGAGGAGAUCAAGAAGUAAAUCUACAGAUCCUGACCUGAGGCGAUCCUUAGAUAAGCAACCUACUGAUAGUGGAGGAGGAAUUUAUCAAUAUGAUAACUAUGAAGAAGUUGCUAUGGAUACAGAUAGUGAAACUAAUUCUCCAGCGCCUUCACCAGUGCAGCCACCAUUCUUUUCUGAAUGUUCAUUGGGGUACUUUUCUCCAGCACCAUCUAUUUCUUUGCCUCCACCUCCUCAGGUUUCUUCUUUGCCUCCUCUGGGCCAGCCUUACGCGGAAGGCUUGUGCGCGUCUCUUGAGCCGUUACCUCCUCUGCCGCCUUUGCCGCCUCUCCCACCUGAGGACCCAGAACAGCCUCCAAAGCCACCUUUUGCAGAUGAGGAGGAAGAGGAAGAAAUGCUGCUGCGGGAAGAACUGCUGAAAUCUUUAGCAAAUAAAAGAGCUUUUAAGCCAGAGGAAACAUCCAGUAACAGUGAUCCACCUUCACCUCCAGUUCUGAACAAUUCACAGCCUGUGCCAAGAAGCAAUCUGUCAAUAGUCAGUAUUAAUACAGUAUCUCAGCCCAGGAUACAGAAUCCAAAGUUUCAUAGAGGACCUCGUCUUCCACGAACUGUGAUCUCGCUUCCUAAGCAUAAGUCAGUGGUCGUGACACUGAAUGAUUCAGAUGAUAGUGAAUCUGAUGGAGAGGCUUCCAAGUCAACAAACAGUGUUUUUGGUGGACUAGAGUCCAUGAUUAAAGAAGCACGACGAACUGCCGACCAAGCUUCCAAACCAAAAGUACCUCCAAAAUCUGAAAAAGAAAACGAUCCCUUGCGAACACCAGAAGCUUUGCCUGAAGAAAAGAAGAUUGAAUAUAGAUUGUUAAAGGAAGAGAUUGCCAAUCGUGAGAAACAGCGUUUGAUUAAAUCAGACCAGCUAAAGACAAGUUCAUCAUCUCCAGCAAAUUCAGAUGUAGAAAUUGAUGGGAUUGGCAGGAUAGCAAUGGUUACUAAGCAGGUUACAGAUGCAGAAGCAAGACUUAAAAGACACAGACUUCUCUUGAUGAAAGAUGAAUCUAUUUUAAAGAAUCUUGUACAACAAGAAGCCAAGAAGAAAGAAUCUGUUCGGAAUGCUGAAACAAAAAUUACAAAACUUACUGAACAGCUUCAAGCAACUGAAAAAAUUCUCAGCGUUAACAGAAUAUUUUUGAAGAAGCUUCAGGAACAAAUUCACAAAGUUCAACAGCGUGUUACAAUUAAGAAAGCUUUGACUCUGAAAUAUGGAGAAGAGCUUGCUCGGGCAAAGGCAGUGGCCAGUAAAGAAAUAGGAAAACGGAAACUGGAACAAGAUCGCCUUGGACCAAACAAAAUGAUAAGACUGGACAAUUCUCCAAUAUCAAGUCCAAGAAAACACUCAGCAGAACUAAUUGCUAUGGAGAAAAGACGACUACAAAAGUUGGAAUAUGAAUAUGCCCUGAAAAUUCAAAAAUUAAAAGAAGCCAGAGCCCUUAAAGCAAAGGAACAACAGAGUAUGGCUCCAGUGUUGGAAGAGGAACCGGAAUUUUCUUUACCUCAGCCAUCACUUCAUGAUUUGACACAAGAUAAAUUAACUCUGGACACUGAAGAAAAUGAUGUUGAUGAUGAAAUUUUGUCUGGUUCAAGCAGAGAACGAAGAAGAUCCUUUUUAGAAUCUAAUGCUUUUACUAAACCUAACCUUAAACACACUGAUACACCUAACAAAGAAUGCAUAAACAAACUUAGUAAAAGCACUGUAGAAAAACCAGAACUUUUUCUAGGAUUAAAAAUUGGUGAAUUGCAGAAAUUAUAUUCAAAAGCUGACAGUUUAAAGCAAUUAAUUUUAAAAACCACCACAAGCAGUACAGAGAAGAUUUUGUAUGGUCAAGAGAUUUCUUUGGAUGUGGAUUUUGUUACAACACAGAGUAAAACCACGGAAGUAAAGCCAUGUCAUUUUACACCCUACCACAGUCCCCUUCUUGUUUUUAAGUCCUACAGAUUUAGUCCGUACUAUCGAACGAAGGAAAAGCUUCCAUUGAGCUCAGUAUCAUACAGUAAUAUGAUUGAACCAGAUCAGUGUUUCUGCCGUUUUGACUUAACAGGAACUUGUAAUGAUGAUGAUUGUCAGUGGCAGCAUUCACAUGACUAUACACUUAGCCGAAAACAGCUAUUCCAGGACAUUCUGUCAUAUAAUCUGUCUUUGAUUGGUUGUUCAGAGACAAGCAAUGAUGAAGAAAUUGCUUCUGCAGCAGAUGCUGUGAAAGCUUGUACAGAUGAGAACCUGACCACUGAAGAAAAAGUAGAGGUCUGCCUUCCACUUUACACCAACAUGAUUGCUCUGCACCAGCUUCUAGAGAGGUAUGAGUCUGCCGUGGAGCUUUGUAAAUGUUUAUUGAAAUCAUGUCCUAUGAACUGCGAGAUACUGGAGGCUCUUGCUGCUUUAUAUUUGCAAACUAAUCAGCAGGACAAAGCCAGAGCAGUGUGGCUUACUGCAUUUGAGAAAAAUCCUCAGAAUGCAGAGGUUUUUUAUCAUAUGUGCAAAUACUUCAUCUUACAGAAUCGAGGUGAUAAUCUUCUUCCAUUUUUACGGAAAUUUAUCGCAUCCUUCUUUAAACCUGGGUUUGAGAAAUACAGUAAUUUGGAUCUAUUUCGGUAUCUCCUAAAUAUCCCAGGACCCCUUGACAUUCCAGCCCAUUUAUGUAAAGAGAAUUUUGAUGAUGACAUGUUUAACCACCAAGUUCCUUAUUUGUGGCUGAUAUACUGCCUUUGUCAUCCUCUUCAAUCAAGUAUUAAGGACACAGUAGAAGCAUAUGAGGCAGCGUUAGGGGUGGCCAUGAGAUCUGAUAUAGUACAGAAGAUCUGGAUGGAUUAUCUUGUCUUUGCCAAUAAUAGAGCUGCUGGAUCCAGAAACAAAGUUCAAGAAUUCAAAUUUUUUACAGAUUUAGUGAAUAGAUGUUUGGUUACAGUUCCUGCCCGAUACCCCAUUCCUUUUAGCAGUGCUGAUUACUGGUCCAACUAUGAAUUUCAUAAUAGGGUUAUUUUCUUUUAUUUGAGCUGUGUUCCAAAGACCCAGCAUUCCAAAACCUUGGAACGGUUUUGCUCAAUUAUGCCUACUAAUUCUGGACUUGCACUGAGGCUACUUCAACAUGAAUGGGAAGAAAGCAAUGUUCAGAUUCUGAAACUUCAAGCCAAGAUGUUUACAUAUAAUAUCCCAACAUGCCUGGCCACCUGGAAAAUAGCCAUUGCUGCUGAGAUUGUUCUAAAGGGACAAAGAGAGGUCCACCGUUUAUAUCAGAGAGCCCUACAGAAGUUACCUCUUUGUGCAUCACUAUGGAAAGAUCAACUCUUGUUUGAAGCAUCAGAAGGAGGUAAAACUGAUAACCUGAGAAAACUAGUUUCCAAGUGCCAAGAGAUUGGAGUCAGCCUAAAUGAGCUCUUAAAUUUAAACAGUAACAAAACAGAAAGCAAGAAUCACUGAACACUGGGUGCAGUCAGUUCUAAGUCCUUAUAAUAAUUGCCAAAAUUAUUUGAAUGAUCCUUCAAGAUUAGGCUGAUUCCUGGCUAAGGUCUGUGUAAGGCAGACAAGCACUAUUGAUUAUAUCAACUCCCCUACAAUAUCCUAUCCUCAAAACCGGAAGUAAUGAACAUGGUGAUCCUCUGCAAUUGGAUAAAUGAACUUCCUGUUGGGCCUGCUUCUUGGCCCUGCCAGAUUCUCAUAACAUCAUGUACGUAAGUAUAGCUUCUCAAAGUGACUGACAUUUAUUUUAAUUUUACUUUUUGUUUUUGUUUUUUGCUUUCUCCCUUUAUGUUGUUCUAUUCCUGACUCACUUGACACUCUCUGAUGCCUGAGAGGUUCUUGUUUGGGAUUUAAUUUUUAGGGCUGUGUUUACAGUAAAAAAGCAGGCAGUCCCUUUUAAUUCUUAUUUUUUAAAAAUUUUUUGAGAUUCUUCAUUUCAGGAUUUAAAACCUAAGCAGUCCAUCUUAAGGAAAGUGUAACUGCCUUGGCCUCAAGUCUGCUAGUUGCACUUGAAUGCUCUAAUAGGGUUGUUUAUUGCCCUUCCUACGUUCUGGACUCCUUGCUGAGACUGUUUAACUUGAAGAUUAAAGAAACUAUUGCAAAUGCCAGUGCAUCAGAACCUAAGAGUGGUCAAAUAUUAUGUGCAAUUUUUUUGUAAAGAAAUUUUAAUUUAUAAUAAAGUUUAACAGUUUAAAGAACAGUUAAUAUUUG